GAGGAGGAACAGAAGUGAAGGAGCAAGAAAAGGAAGCAGAGGAUAUGAAGAAAAAAGAGGAAGAUGGGGCUGACAGUGAUAUCAAGGAAUAUGAGGCAAAAGAGACAAAAGAAGUAAAAACAGAGACCAAACAGAUGGAUGAGGAACAUCUUGAGGGGGAGGAGCAUGACGAUUCUUGGUCAACAAACAGAAAGAGGAAGACAAGUUCAUUUCACAAAAGUUGCCCUACUGCAAAGAACCAACGAGGAAGAAGACUGGGGGAGGAAAGAGAGGUAGAAGAGGGGGAACUGGGAGGAAUGGAUAAGGAAGAGCAAGAUGAGAUGCAUGCAGGAGGAGAAGCAGAUGGGAGGGAGAAAGAUGAGGAAGCAGUGCUGAACAGAAGAGAAGAAGAAGGGGAGGCAGUGAGUGGGGUACAGGAAUAUGAGACAAAAGAGAGACAAGACAGAGAAACAGGGAAGAAGGUAUGUGCGGGACAUGCUGAGAGUGAGAGGCAUGAAGAUUCUGGCCUAACACAUAGGAGAAAGAAGAUUGGGUCAUCUCGCAGGGGCCUCUUUGGUGCCAAGAAGCAAACAGAAAAGGAAAGUGGAUGGGGAAAAUUUGGGGUGGAAAGAGGGGGUGAAUAUGAGGGUGAAAGGGAAAAUGAGGAAGAAGGACAGACAGUUAUGGAGAAUGUUGAAAAUGUCACCUCCCAUCUCCAAUCACCCCCAUUACAGGUCUCUCCACCUCAUGCAGACAGCUCAGUAAUUGAAUCCAGUUUUGAACUGGAAAGAGGAGAGGCCAGUUUUGUUUACUGGGGUGGCAGCGAACAGCCUAGAGAUCCCACUACGGAAGAGAUACAAGAGGGAUUGUCUGAAGACACUGAGAGGAAAGUUAAAAAGCAAGAAGUGAAAAGUGAAAAGGAAAAAUCUGUUAUAGAAGAGACUAAGGAAGAAACACCAGCUAGUCUGAUAAUGGAUAGUGAGAAGAACAAAGGGAAACUCGAGAGAAAAGAGGAGAUACGCCAGGGGAAAGCUCAGGCCUUCGUAAGCUCCCUCUAUUCAGCUGGACAGCCAGAGAUAACAAAUCACCCAGACACACAACUCCCCCCAGCGAAGCGGAAGCUGGGUUCCAGCCGCAGGGCCAGAAGCAGUGCACUGAAAGCAGAGAGAGACCUGGGACGAACUGAUCAGAGGGGGCGUGGGGAGGAUCCAAAAGUGGCUGCCAUCUUGCAGAAGAUUCAGGAUGUCUUCCAUCGCUGGGACAUUGAGGAGAAGGGCUUUAUCACAUGGGAAGAAAUGCAGGGGCUGGGCAGAGAGCUGGACAUCAGUGCCGCAGAGCUUCAGCAGGUGUUUGAGCGGCUAGACGUGGACAGAGAUGGCCUCAUCACUCCCCAGGACUUCACCGCAGGCUUUCAGGAGCUCAUCCAAUUCCAGCAACAUAAGGCAAAGACCCCUGCCUUUGUCUACCAAUCAGACGCAUCCAUUUUACCAGAGGAAGUGGAUGACGAUGACAGGAAGCGUUUCAUGUCAAUAUUGGAUGACCUUGGAGCCUACAAAAUUCUACAAGACCAAUCAGAAAUUUGGAAGUUGUGGGUCGAGCUCCGUCGCAGUGAACCACAUCUGCUGGGCACCCUGGAGGACUUUGUUUCCAAGGUGACAGAGCAAAUAAAGACAUCUGAGCAGGAGAAGGGGUCUCUGGAACUGAUGCUAAAAAGGCGCAUUCAGGAACACAAUGUUGGGGUCCAGGAGCUCUAUGAAGAGAUGGAGCGACAGAUCAGCACUGAGAAGGAGAGAGCCAACAGAGAGAGCUCCCUGAAGAGCUGCUCCCAGGUGGCAGAGAUGGAGGAGCAGCUGGUCAAGAAGAACAGUGAGAUACAGGAGCUGAUUUCGGUUCAGGAUGAGCUAGAGGGCAGCCUACAACAGCUGCUCAGGCAGCAGCAGCAGACGACUGAGGAGAACCAGGAGCUGUGCAGGACCAAUCAAGAGCUGGAGGCUCAGCUGAAGAGGAUCCGUGGACAGCUGCACGAUACCCUGAGGCAUAUAAGGGGAGUGCGCAGAUCGAUAGACCGUGGGGCUUCCCUCCCACGGCUGCAGAGACUGGCCAGUGCUCCUGAAGGUGCUGGGGGAGAGGAAGUGCCCAGUCCACAGGUGGUUCCAGAUGUUCAGGUGUUUGAGCGAUUUGGAUCAAUGGUAGACCAGGAAUUUUGGCAAGACCGCUGUACAGGACCUGCUGAUGUGAAGCGUGGUGUUAGACCACAGAACAGUGCUCCGCACAAGAGACUGAUCUCCAUAGAGGAGGAUCCUCUGCCAGACCUGGUCUCUCUGGGCCAGCCUGCCCCACCUCGACACGGAGAGGUGCUCUGGGAGAACCAGAGAGGCCCAACCAGAGAGGGGAGACAGUCAAUGAGUGAUAGCAGCCCCGCUCUUUCGGUCCCAGACGUCCUUUAUAACGUGGUUCUAGUUGGGAACAGCAGUGUGGGCAAGACUUCUUUUAUGAAGCGAUUCCAAAGUGGAGAGUUUAGCCUGGAACACUGCGCUACCAUCGGACUCGACAGCUGUAUCCAGACUCUGCUAGUGGAUGGGGCACGAGUCAUUCUGCAGCUGUGGGACACUGCUGGACAGGAGCGAUACCACAGUAUAACUAAACAGAUCCUGCGCAAAGCCCAGGGGCUCAUUUUGAUGUAUGACAUCACUUCCAGUCAAACUUUCCUUGCUGUCCGCGACUGGCUUUCCUGCAUUCAGGAAGGAGCUCCUGAUGAUGUCAUAAUUAUCUUGCUGGGCAACAAGAAUGACAGUUCCACUAGGGAAGUUUCAUAUGAGGAGGGGGAGAGGCUGGCAAGGGAGAAUCAAAUUCAUUUCAUGGAAUGUAGUGCUGCAACUGGUGACAACGUGUCACAAUCUAUGCAGACUCUGGCGCGGAUUCUCAAGCAGAAAGUGGACGAGCAGCUGGAGGUGAACGUUACACUGCACAAGGAGCCCCAAAAGAAGAAGAAGUCUGGCUGCUGCUGAGGGGGUUGCUGUUUUACAAAAGGAGCUUCCAAAGAGGAAAGCGGGGCGAUGUUGAUGCCGGUGUGAAUAUGUCUCUCAGGAAAACCCAAAAUAAGACAUCAAAAUGUAGCAGACAAGGAAGUUCUGAUGGUACACAAGAGCUCUGCCACCAGGUCAAAGCACACCCAGGCUGAUCUAAAAACACAGAAUAGAGCAGAAAACUUUAUACCACGACCCACUUAAGAAGCCUGUGUACAAUAUUCACACCAAAGGGACAUUUUAUUUUCGGAUCUCAACAACAAUUAAUCAUGAAUUGCAAAUAGUUUAAAUGGAGUCAUUUUCAUUGCCAUGA